AUGGUGGCAAAACAAAACGGCGACCAAAUCGCCAAACGCAACGAUAACAACGACAACGAUAAGUUCCAGAAUCUCAGUUGGAUGUCGGACGGAAGCCGUCAACACAGACAACGACAAUUAGAGACCGUUAGCCAACGGCAGCCCAAUCAAUCGACAUCAAUUGGACAGAAGCUGGCGCAUUUUCAGGCGUCUACGUUUAGGGGCGUACGUGUGGGCGUGGCAACUGGAGGCAUUCGAUUACAGCUACUGUUGCUGUUGUUGCUAUGCAAUUGCAUUGUGGGCGCAUUCGAGCCGGACUUUGUAAUACCGUUGGAGAAUGUUACCGUUGCCCAAGGUCGGGACGCGACCUUCACGUGUGUGGUCAACAAUUUGGGCGGUCAUCGGGUCGCUUGGAUUAAGGCCGAUGCAAAGGCGAUUUUGGCCAUACACGAGCAUGUGAUAACCAACAAUGAUCGAUUAUCGGUGACACACAAUGACUACAACACAUGGACACUCAACAUACGUGGUGUCAAAAUGGAGGAUGCUGGCAAAUAUAUGUGUCAGGUUAACACCGAUCCAAUGAAAAUGCAAACUGCCACACUGGAAGUGGUUAUACCGCCGGAUAUUAUCAAUGAGGAAACCUCCGGCGACAUGAUGGUGCCUGAAGGCGGCUCGGCGAAAUUGGUUUGCCGUGCCCGCGGUCAUCCCAAGCCGAAGAUCAUCUGGCGGCGUGAGGAUGGACGUGAGAUCAUUGCACGCAAUGGCGUGCAUCAGAAAACAAAAGCCAUUUCAGUGGAGGGUGAAAUGUUGACGCUGUCAAAAGUCACGCGAUCGGAAAUGGGCGCCUAUAUGUGCAUCGCCUCCAAUGGUGUUCCACCGACGGUGAGCAAACGGAUGAAGCUACAGGUGCACUUUCAUCCGCUGGUGCAAGUGCCAAAUCAAUUGGUUGGAGCUCCGGUUCUAACGGACGUCACAUUAAUUUGCAACGUUGAGGCAUCGCCCAAGGCCAUCAAUUAUUGGCAACGCGAGAAUGGUGAAAUGAUUAUAGCCGGCGAUCGUUAUGCCCUCACUGAGAAGGAGAACAAUAUGUAUGCGAUUGAGAUGAUACUUCAUAUUAAACGACUGCAAUCGACCGAUUUUGGAGGCUACAAAUGCAUCUCGAAGAACAGCAUUGGGGAUACCGAGGGCACCAUUAGGCUAUAUGAAAUGGAACGUCCUGGCAAAAAGACGCUACGCGAAGAGGAACUCAACGAAGUAACGAAGAACGAGGUGGUGGUCAAGGAGAAUCGUCACGAAGAUGGUUCUCGCAAUCAAAAUGGCCGCCUUUACAAGGAUCGCAGCCAGGAGGCGGAAAUGGGCAGCGGAGCAGCAGCAGCAACAACAACAAAAACAAUAACAACAAUGCGGCUAAUAGAGACACUCGUUUUAGCCCUGGUCGUAUUGUUAACAACAAAGCUCUGCUGUCCGUUAAAAGGUAGCAUACGGAAUGGAACCAAUCAAAGUUCCGGAACCAGUAAGGCGCUUGAAGGAGCAACAGGGUCAAAGGCGACACUUGACAAUUAUAACAAUAACUACAAAGGACAUUUAGUAUUAUAGCUUAAUUAAAUUGUAAUUCUAAGAAGGCA